GUGGAUCCACAGGAACUGAACUCUUCAGCUUCUGAGUCAUUCUUCGUCAGUCUCUCGAUAAAACUCCCACAGAUCUGCCUUUAGCAGAAACCUAAAAAAAGAGGAUUCUUCCUCUCUGCUCACAUGGAUUCAUAAAAAGCAGAACCUGAAGGUCCAGAUCCUCCAGAACCUUUGACCUUCCAGAACAUUUUCCUGUCCUUUAACAAGGAUUCCAUGAUAAAAACACCUUAAAAUUAGUUAAUAAAUCUAAUAAACGUUGGGAUGGAUUUCCAGUCUCUCUCUGUCCUUCAGCAUCAUCAUCAUCAUCAGCAUCAUCAUCACUUCAGCAGGUCUGCCUCCCUCCAUCCAGCCCCCCUCCUCCGCAGCUCCCGUUGACGUCUCUGACUCUGUCACCCGCAUCCGCGCUCCCGGUCCGGUCAUUUUGCCGGUAAUUGCUUCACCGCCGCUCCUCUCCCGCGCGCCUUUCUCCAGUUUUUUUUCUUUUUUUUUUCUUUUUUCUUCUUCUUCCUCUAAACCCCCUCGCUCGUGGGCUUCCCCCGCGCGCGCGCUGCGACUCCUCGUUGUUCCCGGGAAAAAAAAAAGUUGGAAACCUCCCGGGAAAAAGGCGCACUCAUCAUGAGCGCUCCUCCGCUGAUCCGCGCGCCCAGCCCGCUCCCCUUCCUGGGGGGGACGGGGAGCUCCGGGGGAGGAGGAGGAGGUGGUGGAGGAGGCGGUGGAGGGGGAGGAGGUGUGAUCUCCUUCCACAUCCAGAUCGGGAUGAGCCGGGAGCCGGUGCUGCUGGACGCCGCGGAGCUGAGCCUGAGUCAGGUCCGGGAGGUGGCGUGCUCCAUCGUGGACCAGAAGAUUCCGGAGUGCGGAUUCUACGGGAUGCACGAGAAGAUCCUGCUGUUCCGCCAUGACCAGACGGCGGACAACAUGCUGCAGCUGCUGCGCUCCGCCUCCCAGAUCCAGGAGGGAGACCUGGUGGAAGCUGUGCUGUCAGCCUCCGUGACGGUGGAGGACUUCCAGAUCCGUCCACACAGCCUGUUCGUCCACUCGUACCGCGCUCCCACCUUCUGUGACCACUGCGGGGAAAUGCUGUGGGGGCUCGUGAGGCAGGGGCUCAAGUGUGAAGGUUGUGGUUUGAAUUACCACAAACGCUGUGCUUUUAAGAUCCCCAACAACUGCAGCGGGGUGAGGAGGCGGCGCCUCUCCAACGUGUCCCUGACGGGCGGGAUGGUCAACAUGUGUCGCCCCCUGUCAGCUGAGCCGUCGCCGCCCCACUACACCGAUGAUGCUCUACUGUCCCCAGUGAGUCCCAGUAUGGAGCAGAAGAACCAGCUGGAUUAUUUCCCGGGCAGAGAGCGGCGCUCCAGCUCCCAGUCCUACAUCGGCCGUCCCAUCGAACUGGACAAGAUCUUACUGUCGAAGGUCAAAGUUCCCCACACCUUCCUGAUCCACUCCUACACCCGGCCGACCGUCUGCCAGCUGUGCAAGAAGCUGCUGAAAGGCCUCUUCAGACAGGGACUGCAGUGCAAAGACUGUAAAUUUAACUGUCACAAACGCUGUGCUCUGAAGGUCCCCAACAACUGCCUGGGAGAAGUUUCCAGAAACGGGGAACUCCUGAGUCCCGGCGCAGAAUCGGACGUUUCAAUGGUGGAGGGUUGCCUCGACGACCAUAACGUUGACAGAAGUGGCGACCUCCUGGACAUGGACGAUGCUCUGGCUGCUGAGGGGAGUCUGCUACUCGACGCGGGAGCCGGCGACCUCGGAGAUCUGCGCGACGCCGACCUGGACGACUGCAACCGCUCCAUCAGUCCCUCCACCAGCAACAACAUCCCACUGAUGCGGGUGGUCCAGUCGGUCAAACACACGAAGAGGAAGAGCAGCAACGUGAUGAAGGAGGGCUGGAUGGUCCAUUACACCAGCAAGGACACGCUGAGGAAGCGACAUUACUGGAGGCUGGACAGCAAAUGCAUCACUUUAUUUCAGAAUGAGACGGGAACCAAAUACUACAGGGAGAUCCCGCUGUCGGAGAUCUUGACCCUGGAGCCGGCUCAGACCUUCUCUCUGCUUCCGGACGGAGCCAGCCCUCACUGCUUUGAAAUAACCACCGCAUCGCUGGUUUACUACGUCGGAGAAAGCCUGCACCGAUCCGAAUCGUCUGUGCCGGACAAUUCCUUCCUGGUGAGCGGCGUGGGUCAGGACGUGGCCCGCAUGUGGGAGAUGGCCAUCAACCACGCCCUGAUGCCGGCGGUCUCCAUGGGCGUCUGUAACAGCUCGCACCACAGCGGACACAAGGAAGUUUCCAUCAGUAUUUCCGUCUCCAACUGUCAGAUCCAGGAGAACGUGGACAUCAACUCCGUGUAUCAGAUCUUCCCUGAUGAGGUUCUGGGAUCAGGACAGUUUGGAAUCGUGUAUGGAGGUAAACACAGGAAGUCUGGCAGAGACGUGGCCAUCAAGAUCAUCGAUAAACUGCGAUUUCCAACUAAACAGGAGAGUCAGCUGCGGAACGAGGUGGCCAUCCUGCAGAGCCUGCACCACCCCGGCAUCGUGAACCUGGACUGCAUGUUUGAGACUCCGGAGCGAGUGUUUGUGGUGAUGGAGAAGCUGCACGGAGACAUGCUGGAGAUGAUCCUGUCCAGUGAGAAAGGCCGGCUCCCCGAGAGGAUCACCAAGUUCCUGGUGACGCAGAUCCUGGUGGCUCUGCGUCAUCUCCACUUCAAGAACAUCGUGCACUGUGACCUGAAACCUGAAAACGUCCUCCUGGCCUCAGCAGACUCUUUCCCACAGGUGAAGCUCUGUGAUUUCGGCUUCGCUCGGAUCAUCGGUGAGAAGUCGUUCAGACGCUCUGUGGUCGGAACGCCAGCGUAUCUGGCUCCGGAGGUCCUGAGGAACAAAGGCUACAACCGUUCUCUGGACAUGUGGUCGGUCGGGGUCAUCAUCUACGUGAGUCUCAGUGGGACAUUCCCCUUCAACGAGGAUGAAGACAUCAACGAUCAGAUCCAGAACGCAGCUUUUAUGUAUCCUCCUCAUCCCUGGAAGAAGAUCUCACAGGAAGCGAUCGAUCUGAUCAACAACCUUCUGCAAGUGAAGAUGAGGAAGAGGUACAGCGUCGACAAGACCCUCAGUCACCCCUGGUUACAGGACUACCAGAUGUGGUCGGACCUGAGGAACCUGGAGUCUCGGGUGAACGAGCGCUACAUCACCCACGAGAGCGACGACCUGCGCUGGCUUCACCACGCCCAGCUCAGCGGCCUGGACUUCCCCGGCACCGACAGUCGGGGGGUGGAGCAUUACCAGGAGAAGGAGGAGCUGGAGACUCUCAGCGAGAGGGUCAGUGAACUCUGAGGAUGUCGGGAGAGACAAAGAAGCACAACGCUAAACAAACCAGAAGAUGUCAAGUCCAAACGUUCACAUCAAGUGUUGAAACUUUUUUAUUUUAAUGUCUGUUAAAACAAAUAUGUGAAUUUAAAGCCAGAGAAAGAAUCCUGUAAGUUCUGAGCCUGUCGGACUUCUGCAGGGCGACCCAUCAUCACCGGUUCUGUUCAUGACUUUUAUGGAGAUGAUCUCCAGAUCCAGCCUGCAGGAAGACACGGUCCAUCUUAUUUGAAAUGUUUGCUCUUCAGAAUGUUUCAUCAAACAGAUUCCCUGCAGGUUCUGGAGAAACAGAAGUUUCUACUUCAAAUGGAAGAGUUUACAGAUUUCACAAUCGAGAACAGAAGCUGAUCCACGAUGGAGACAACUGACCCAAAAUAACAAGCAUGAGUGGAAAGGGCUUCGAUUUUUUCCCCACGUUGGAGAUGAAUUUAGAUUUUCUUGGAGACAUUUCGUCUUUCGCACGACUUUCUGUUUUCUCAGGAACCUGAAGAAGAGAUAGAUCUCCACCUUUAACUAGUUUGACCAGGUUUUAAGUGACCUGGAUUACCAAAUCCCUUAAUCCAAAUCCAUAGAAUCCAUUGGAAUUUCAAAACGUUGCUGGAUCAGAUCAAAUUUGCUCAGAUCUCCUCAGAUGGAGAUUACCAGAUCUGACCCGGAAAUUUGUGAAAAUACUUCAAAAUGUCUUCAGGAAACAUUUCACAAGAAUUAAGUUUUUCUAAGGUUUGCGUGAUUCCCUGCUUUCUAUAAUUGAGGGUUUACAGAAGAAUAUUAGGAGGAGAAGCAGACACAGGAUCGGCCUCAGAUCCUGAUCUGGGAUCAGAACAAUCCUCAUUGUCUGGAUCAAACUGAUACAGAUUUCAAUCCAAAGUUUUGAAAUAUUCAUCACAAGCUUUUAAUAUGGAUUAAGGGCCAAAUCUGAAUCCCAAUCCUCAGGAUCCUGUUUGCUUGAAAUACUUAAUUUACAAUCAGGAUCUGUUUGAUCCUAUAAGAUUAUACUCAAUACUAGGCCAAAAUCAUUUGAAUUAUUGAAACCUAAAUAUUUAUAAAGAUAUUUUAGACAUGUAUAAACUUCUUUAAUUAUAAAUUAUUUUUAAUUUAUUUCAAAAUAGAGACGCUCAAUCCUGAUCCUGAGUGUUUCAGCUGGAUCUGGUGAUUCCAAAUUUGAUCCUAGCUUGUGGAUCUGGUUAGAAUAACCAGGUAAACUGUGUCCGUUUGAGUCGGGUAAAUACCAAAGUCAUUCAGCAGAAACAGCCUUUUCUCCAAAAACUACAUUCAUGACAAAAGUGUCGCUGACUUCAGGAUUCAGCUGCACUUUCAGCCAUAAAUAAAACAGUCACUACGACUGUUUUGUAGAAAAAGAAAUGGAGGAAGUUAACCAAAAACACGUGAUUUAGGCUGUGGUCACCGCGUGAUGGGGAGCCACCGGCAGGAACUUCUAGAUUUUAUGCCAUUCGGGCCACCGGGCAGCUGGCGGCACACACGUCCGGAGACAUAUACAGAUCGUCCAAUCAGAGAGCUGCUGCCAGCCGGUAAUCCGGCUACCACCGCCCAGUGGCGCCCGAUUUUGUAACGGCGUCAUGUGACCUCGGCCACUAAACAAUGUCAACUUUUAAAGAAAAAAUGUACGUUCUGCACAAUUUUUUUACUUUUUCUAAAAACUUCCAUGGUAAAAAUGUGGCCCCGCCUCCUGACUACAAAUGGCAAAUGUUGCGGAUAAACGUUCAUUCUGGGAGAGCUUUGCCACUGCCGUACGCCACAUCAGAGGAGGGCCGACGCAGGCGGCGCCGACAACAGACGCUGUUGUGGACCAGAGAUUAUGUCACUGUAACCUUUUCUUAUUCAAGCUCUUAAUAUUUCGUCAAAUUUCAUUUUCUUUUCAACAUUUCUUUUAAAUUUACAAUGUGUAGUUUUGAACUUUUGAUUUACAAUAAGCUGAACUCGAUUAGACCCCAAAGUGUGCAGGUUAAUACUUCAUUUAUGCUCAUGUCCGUCUUUAAAAUGUCAGUUUUAUUCACAAACGUAUAAAAAACAAGACGAGGAAGGUCGACUUCAAAGAGUCCAGAACUGUCUCAGCUUUAAACCCAUGAAAACUGGAAUCGGAUGAAGUUCCCGUUUACUUUGUGAAGAACGUUUCUCUGGUCGAAGGAAUGCUACCGCUGUGUUUUAUCUGCCAAAGUGUGGCUUCUUUGAUGAGUCAAAAAUCAAGAAUGUACUUUUUUUUGUUUGUUUUCAUUUUAGAUCCUAAAGAAACAUUAAACUGCAGAAUUUUCAGUAAAA